CAUUUUAGUCUGUCAAAACAUAAAACAAACCACUGUCCUAUUUGUGUAAAUUUAAUCCAAGUCCAUCUGCGUUUAUCCACGCAAUAAGCACUUAAUUCUCAAACAGAACAAUACAUAAAAACUCUGUUUUUGAUUUUUUAUCUCACAAGAGCUCAGUAAUGUCAGAUUCAAAUAAAUUGCGGAUAGCAGUAGUUUGUUCUAGUAAUCAAAAUAGAAGUAUGGAAGCUCACAGCUGCCUUAGUAAAAAGGGAUUCAAUGUGAAAUCGUAUGGUACAGGGAGCCAGGUGAAAUUGCCAGGGCCUGCACCAAAUAUGCCAAAUAUUUAUGAUUUCAACACAACAUACGAUGAAAUGUACAAGGAUCUGCUGAGAAAAGACCCAGAAUUAUAUAAACAGAAUGGUAUUUUACACAUGCUGGACAGAAACAGAAGGAUCAAGCCAAAGCCACAAAGAUUUCAGUCUUGUAGAGAAACUUUCGAUCUUAUUGUUGCCUGCGAGGAAAGGGUGUAUGAUCAAAUUCUAGAAGAUCUUGACUCUCGGGAGAAGACCGACUGUUCUCCUCACCCGGUACAUAUAAUUAACAUAGACAUACAAGAUAACCACGAGGAGGCUACCAUUGGUGCUUUUAUAAUCAAAGACCUUGUUACCACAUUGAGCGAUUGCGAUGAUUUGGAUAAUGAAAUAGACGAGAUCAUUCAAGAAUUUGAACAGUCUGUAAACAGACCCAUUUUACACUAUACAUGGUUUGUGUGAAACAGGACUGGUGUUUGAUAAUAUUGUAAAAUAUAGAAAUUCUGUCCCGGGCAGUGUAAAGAAGAGUGCUUAAAACUUGGUGACAGUGACAGAAUGAGUUAUCAUUGCAAACGAUGUCAUUACAUACAUUUCUUCUAUAUGGGACUUGGUUGCCAUGGGUAUGGCUCAGAAAAUGUCUUUCAGCAAACGAUGCUAUAAAUCUAUUCAUGAUUCCGUACAUGUAUAUAGGAUAAUAAUAUCCACUGUAGUGUUACUUGUUUUUGGAUUUGUAUAACAAUGCAAGUCACUUACAAAGAAUUUUUCCCCCAUUCUGCUUUGGUACCAUUAUCAAGGAUUUAUUAUUUGAAUCACAUUUUCCAUGACAAAACUUUCCCCUGAUUUCUCUUAAAAUAUAAGACAAUACUAUUAAAUUGUUCUAAACAACUCAAAGGGAGGUAAUAGGAACUUUUAAAAUUUCCAGAACAUCUUAAGUUUUUAAUUGUAUUUCAGUCAUUUUUGACUGCACAAAAUUAUGAAAACAUAAUAUUUUAAUGUGAUUUUUUACUUUUUGAUUGGAAUGUUAUAAAAUAGUUGGUAUAAGCUGGCAUAAAAGUAAUAUUUCCUUGCCAAAAAAUUUGUAAAAUAUAUUUAUGUUUCAAAAUGCUGAUUUUGACACAUUUUUGUCAUGGGGAAAAGCACAGUUUUGGUAAUUAAAGACUUUUUAAAAAUUCAAAAAAGGUCCUACUAUCACCUUAAAAGAGCUUUAAAAUAAUGUUUAGUUUGAAAUAAAGCUGCUAUUCAUGAAUAACUCCGUUGUGGAUUCAGGUAGAUGAAAUAGUAAAAUAGUCGGUACUACUGACAAAUUAUAUCUCCACUGUUGUCAGAUGUUUGUGGUCACAUGUUUAUACACUUGGCCAUGAAGAAAUGACAGAAUUCUUUUAUUUGAAUAUUGUAUAAUUUAAUUGAAUAUUUAUUGAAGGACAUGAUACUUUGUACUGUUUAGUUCGGUUUUGUAACCCAUUUCCAUCAGUGGAAUAUCUGUGAUUGUCGUCAUAAUCAUCAACAGUAAUGAAGUGAUUCAUAUCAAAGUGAUUGUUAGUCAAUUCAUCAUCAUUACCACCAUCACCAUCAUCAUUAUCAUCACCAUAAUUAUCACUAUCACUGUUAACAUCAACAACAGCACCCUUAUCAAGAUUUAAUAUUGUUGACCAUCCCUCAGAUGUUGAUUGCCUGCAAUAGUAUGUAUUUUUGCUGUAUUUUAUUCAAUAUUUUAAAUGUAGAAUUGUUUUUGAUUCAAUUGACUUUCUGUAGACAAAAUAUCUUUUGCAUAAAUGUACUUGUAAUCUCUAAAAUACCAAGGUGAGUUUGAAGGUUACUGGUACUGUUGAUAAACCCGGACACCUUGGAAAUAUUCGACUGCAAGCAGUUUUUUCAUAAAAUUGAACACACCAUCAAACAGUUUCCAAUUACAACACCUACUAGUGCAAACAAAAACAAAAUUGGUAAAUAUUCUGUAUAAAUAAAUGACAUACAUUUAUUUGUUUAAAAAAUAUUUACCCAAAAUUACUGGGGAAGAGGGUGCCUUUUGCGCAUGCUCACUGUCGAAACAUGAAGGCCUGACAUUGGGUCACUUUUUAUUACUUGAUCAGGAAUGACUAUUGCAUCUUUUUGGGGAAAGUUUCAAUAUAAUAAUAUGAAGAAAAUUUUGUAAAUGACAAAUGGUCGAAUUUAUCAUCAGUCAACAUUCAUACAGUCCCCAUUUUACAAACCCCUUUCAGGGCCUCACUUCUUGUGAGUUUGCUUACUAAAUAUAAAUUUGAAUUAUGUAAAUUUUUCAACAAAUGUUAAGCUUUAUUUUGAUACCAACCAUUGAUUACAUUUUGCAGAAAUAAAAAAGUUACAAGUAAAAAACCUCAUUUUCUGUUCGGGUUUAUCAUCAGUACCAGUACAGUUUAUAAAAUGUUCGAAUGUUGUUAUGAAAGUUGCAGUAUUUUGGUACUGCAUAAAUCAUUUAUGUGAAGAAAGGACUGUUAUUUUACAGAUGCUGUACAUUGUAUAUAUUAUUUAAAAGAAGAAUAUUCAACUUGUAUUUAUGCUUUCUUUAAAGUAACAGUUGUCAGUAUAGGUUACUGGUAGCUCCUGAAGAAUGUCAACAAUGUUAGAGUGCAAGAUACAGAGUACACUCCAACUCUGGAAGCUUCCCUGGUUCUUUAGCAUGGCAGGUGUAAAGUGCCCAAACAUGGGACUCUGAUCAGAACAUUUUGAAUUUUAGUUUGAGGAGGGCUAAAACUCCUUAUGUCUCGUUUGUUAGUCUGGCAUGGUACAAGGGGUCUGGGGUUAAACUUCACUUACUUUUGUUGUACCCUUUAGCCAAAAUAAUGAAUUUGUUAAUGGCUGGGAAAAUUUACCAAACUGUCAUGGUGUCAGUUUUGUUUGUGCAAGAGGUUCUAGUAUUUUAACCGUUACUUAAAAUAUGGAAGGGAGGCAGGCUCCAGUGGAGAUAUUAUAUUUUGAGACAUACCCCGGUACUUUCAGACUGACCGGAAGACAGUUUUCACUGUUUUGUUAAAAGUAUAAAUAUUACAGUGUUGUUUUUAUUUCCCUUUAAAAUUAGUUCUAUGUGAUACACUUUGCCAUUAAAAAAAUAAAUUGUACAGUUUUAGUGUUUGGAAUAAGGUGUGGUGUCCGGUGAAGUUAUUAAUUUCAGGAAGUGCUGUUGUUUCCCCUGCAGUAAAACAAGUUCUUGAAUGUAUUCAAAAUACAUUACCGUUACAUUGUUCAUUUUUUCACUCUCAAGUUACACCUAGGUGACCAGGAUUAAAAGGAGCAUGCCUCUAUCUUUUUUUAGCUCACCUGUCACAAAGUGACAAGGUGAGCUUUUGUGAUCGCGCGGUGUCCGUCGUCCGUCCGUGCGUCCGUAAACUUUUGCUUGUGACCACUCUAGAGGUCACAUUUUUCAUGGGAUCUUUAUGAAAGUUGGUCAGAAUGUUCAUCUUGAUGAUAUCUAGGUCAAGUUCGAAACUGGGUCACGUGCCUUCAAAAACUAGGUCAGUAGGUCUAAAAAUAGAAAAACCUUGUGACCUCUCUAGAGGCCAUAUAUUUCACAAGAUCUUCAUGAAAAUUGGUCAGAAUGUUCACCUUGAUGAUAUCUAGGUCAAGUUCGAAACUGGGUCACGUGGGUUCAAAAACUAGGUCAGUAGGUCUAAAAAUAGAAAAACCUUGUGACCUCUCUAGAGGCCAUAUUUUUCAUGAGAUCUUCAUGAAUAUUGGUCAGAAUGUUUACCUUGAUGAUAUCUAGGUCAAGUUCGAAACUGGGUCACGUAGGGUCAAAAACUAGGUCAUUAGGUCUAAAAAUAGAAAAACCUUGUGACCUCUCUAGAGGCCAUAUUUCUCAAUGGAUCUUCAUGAAAAUUGGUCAGAAUGUUCACCUUGAUGAUAUCUAGGUCAAGUUCGAAACUGGGUCACAUGGGGUUAAAAACUAGGUCAGUAGAUCUAAAAAUAGAAAAACCUUGUGACCUCUCUAGAGGCCAUAUUUUUCAUGAGAUCUUCAUGAAUAUUGGUCAGAAUGUUCACCUUGAUGAUAUCUAGGUCAAGUUCGAAACUGGGUCAUGUGGGGUCAAAAACUAGGUCAGUAGAUCUAAAAUUAGAAAAACCUUGUGACCUCUCUAGAGGCCAUAUUUCUCAAUGGACCUUCAUGAAAAUUGGUCAGAAUGUUCACCUUGAUGAUAUCUAGGUCAAGUUCGAAACUGGGUCACGUGCGGUCAAAAACUAGGUCAGUAGGUCUAAAAAUAGGAAAACCUUGUGACCCCUCUAGAGGUGAUAUUUUUCAAUGGAUCUUCAUGAAAAUUGGUCAGAGUGUUUACCUUGAAGAUAUCUAGGUCAAGUUCGAAACUGGGUCACGUGGGGUUAAAAACUAGGUCAGUAGAUCUAAAAAUAGAAAAACCUUGUGACCUCUCUAGAGGCCAUAUUUUUCAUGAGAUCUUCAUGAUUAUUGGUCAGAAUGUUCACCUUGAUGAUAUCUAAGUCAUGUUCGAAACUGGGUCACGUGGGGUUAAAAACUAGGUCAGUAGGUCUAAAAAUAGAAAAAACCUUGUGACCUCUCUAGAGGCCAUAUUUCUCAACGGAUCUUCAUGAAAAUUGGUGAGAAUGUUCAGCUUGAUGAUAUCUAGGUCAGGUUUGUAACUGGGUCAUGUGCAGUCAAAAACUAGGUCAGUAGGUCAAAAAAUAGAAAAACCUUGUGACCUCUCUAGAGGCCAUAUUUUUCACGAGAUCUUCAUGAAAAUUAGUGAGAAUGUUCACCUUGAUGAUAUCUAGGUCAAGUUUAAAAGUGGGUCACGUGCCUUCAAAAACUAGGCCAUUAGGUCAAAUAAUAGAAAAACCUUGUGACCUCUCUCGAGGCCAUAUUUUUCAACGGAUCUUCAUGAAAAUUGGUCAGAAUUUUUUAUCUUGAUGAUAUGUAGGUCACAUGUGUUCAAAAACUAGGUCACUAUGUCAAAUAAUAGAAAUAAUGACGUCAUACUCAGUUCAACACUGGGUCAUGUUGGGAUAGGUGAGCGAUUCAGGACCAUCAUGGUCCUCUUGUUUUAUAUUUUAGAAAUACACAUUUUGCAGAAAUGUUAUCUACAAAUGCUAUCAAUAGCAUAAAGAUUAUUAUAUAAGACAGAAAUGUAGAAGGAAGUUUACUGUAAUUUCAGUCAUACUCAUAAUUAUGGUGUACUUUCUUACAAUUUUCUUAUACAUUGUAUUCUAUAGACUUUAGUUUAAACAUAUUUAUUUCGAAAUCAACAUCAAGUCAGAAUUUUACAAGUAUACAAUCAUACAUUUUACAAAUAUGAAAGGGAUUAGAACUUCUAUAGUUCCUCUCCCUCUCUUCUAUAGACUCUGUGUUAAGUCUGAUACCGAGAUCUGAUCUGGAGGCAUGAGGCUUUAAUUUAGUUUUGUCAUUUUGAGCAAACAUGUAUGAAACGUUAAUGAAAUAGUGAGGGUGGUUUUGUUUUGUAUUUUUUUUUAAAUUGUACUGUUUUUGCUGUUAGAAGAUGUUGCCUUUUCAAAGCUUUUUCAAAAUGCAGAAUUUUGUCAACUUUGCCCCUGUAGUCCAUUUUAAUGAGAUGACCAAGGUGAAUUAUUUUCAUACUAAGAGAUGCCAAAACUGGUUAUAUAUUUGUUGAACAGGGACAUUGAUCAUUGUGAUUAUUGAGCAAAUGUUUGUUAUGUUAAAUUUUGUAAUUACAGAAACAAUGCAAUAAAAAGGUAAAAAUGUA